AACAGGAAGAAACAGUUGAUCAGGACUGAUCAGAGGACUAAUCGUUAUGUUUCUUCUCCAGCUGAUAUCGGGGUCUCUGCUCCUCCCCCUUGUGAUGAGUUCAGGCUCGGGGAAACACUCGCUGUGGGCGUUGGCCACCUACAUCUCAGGAUCAACCCAGUUCCCAGAGUUCUCUGUGGUUCUGAUGCUGGACGACAUCCAGGUGGGGUACUACGACUCGGAAAGUGACCGCAUGAUGAGAGUCGAUGGUGCAGGUAAGAAGGAGGCGGAGCUCGGCCUGGCAAAGCAAGCAGUCUUCAUCCUGCAGGACAUGCUGCAGGACAUGAGGAAGAGGUUGGACGUGCUCAGAGAUGACCUGAACCUGACCGCGCCAGGCGUGUACGUGCAUCAGCGCCUGACAGGCUGCGAGGUCCGACAGGGCGGCCAACCAGAGAUCAUCAUGUUCAGGGACGGCGCCAACAGGCAGGAAGCUGAUGGUCUGCAGUACAACAUGACCCACUUCUUGUACUUCAGCGGCAGCAGGAGGCAAUUCCAGUGGGACACCCUGAAGCAGAAGUACAUGCAGAUGCUCUACUCAGACAUCUACCUGCCAUUCUGCGUCCAGACUCUGCAACAACUGCUGGAGCGUGAGAAGCACCUGGUGAUGCGUCGUGUUCGACCUCGACUACGCCUCCUAUCAAAGCCGGGGGGGGGGGGGGGCGGGGCCCAGAUCACCUGUCUGGCCACAGACUUCUACCCUCGACACAUCAACCUGACGCUGCUGCGGGACGGUGAACCCGUGGACGAGAACCAAAUGACUGUUGGCUCGGUGCUGCCCAACGGCAACGGUCUCUACCAGCUGAGGAAGACGCUGAUGGUGGAUGAAGAGGAGCUGCAGAGGAAGCACAAGUACACCUGUGCAGCGUCUCACCUGAGUCUGGACAACCGGCUGGAGGCGGAGUCUUUCCGCUCAUUCAGAGUCCACGUCAUCUCUGCUCCCCUCGUCCUCCUGCUGGUUGUCGUCAUCCUGCUGCUGGUGCUGAUGAUGAAUAUGAGGAAGAGGUCAGGGUCAGAGGGCAUCUCCAUGGAAACACAGGAGAGUCAUGGAGCCAGCACUGAUGAGGGAUCGGAGCCAGGGGUGGAGGACCAGGACGUGACGGCUCCACUGAAGCAGAUUUCAUCCAAAUAAACCCAGGCCCAGUUCACAAUCUCAUGACGGAGACAACAAAGACGGAUGAUAUAGUGAUGGAAAAUUUAACCUUUGUCACUUGAUGGGUACGCGUUGACGCGUACCACACGCCGUGACUGACGUGCACCUCCCAAAAAUUGUAACUACAUGUCAAUGCGAUGCAGACGGAGAGGGCUGUGAUUGGUUCACUUGGUAGCAACGCAUUUCCGGUUUCCGGUUUGAAGCAGUCGUGAACUUUCAGCGCUCUUUUCUUCGUGUAUGUGUGAUUUUUUUUGUUUUGGUUUUUUGCACAAUAGUUUGUCCUUAUCUGUUUGAUUCACUGUAACCGGAAAAAGUCGGAUAAACCAUUCAAGAAAAGAUCGCGAAUUAGCGGUCAUGGGGGGAACUGCACCGUGGCGAAAUGGAAUGACGGAGAAAUCCGAAGGAUUCACGAUGGCGUCACGGUGACGGCGUCACGGUGACGGCGUGUGCACGGCGUCGAUUUGACGCAGAACCAUAAUUCAAGCUUAAGUCUACAGCCACACCUUUAGUCUUCCAGCACUUGCAGGAAAGAGUUAAGUAAAAGUAGUAUUUUAAUGGAUCACAUGAAGAUCCACACUGGCGAAAGGCCGUACCUGUGCAACACCUCCGGCAACACAUUUACUCAUUUAUCACAUCUUAAACACCACAUAACCACGCACAUGUGCGAGAAGUCCUACAUCUGCAAAACAUGUGGAAAAAGUUAAACAGAACUUUUCAACCUGGUGAUUCACUCGAGGAUCCACACUGGCGAAAGGCCGUACCUGUGCAACACCUGCGGAAAAACCUUUACUAAAUCAUCAGCUCUUAAACGCCACAUAACCACGCACACGGGCGAGAAGCCCUACAUCUGCAAAACAUGUGGAAAAAGUUACAGGCUACGUUCCACCUUGGUGGUUCGCUUGAGGAUCCACACUGGCGAAAGGCCGUACCUGUGCAAGACCUGCAGCAAAACUUUUACUAAUUUAUCACAUCAUAACCGCCACAUAACCACGCACACGGGCGAGAAGCCAUAUUUGUGCAAGACGUGCAACAAAGGUUUUAGUCGCAGAAUUGAUUUGCUGAGUCACAUGAAAAAUCACCCGGAGGAGAAGUCUGGUGACUCGUGACAAAUGAAGCUCAUGUUGUCGUCCUCCGGGGCCAGCUGUCCACUCCUGUCUGACCCACAGAAGAAGAACCCGCAGAAGUCCAACCACCACCUCCUGUGGCUGAUGAGCCUAAUCCCCUCCCCACAAGGGUUGCAGGUUCAACCCGGAUUUAUGCUUCUCCGUCAACUUGACGCAGAGGGAACGAUGUGGUUGUGUACUUUUUUUUAAAGUUCUGCAUUGAGUUUGUUUGAAUCCCUGCUCCUUCUUAAAAUCGUAUUAUUUGUUGCUGUUGGUAACUUUCCGUCUCCACGGUGCAAAUAAAGAGCUGUUAGUAUGUGCUGAAGUUUCUUUAAACGUGACAGUUUAUUUCGUUCAUCUACAAAGCCUCUCUCACACGUCCUUUUUCCCGUCUGUUUCUUCUUCACUCACAUUCUCUGUAAAGUUAAUCUGCAGCUCCAUGUUGUUAAACUCUCUCCAUGUACUCCGUUCAGAGGUUAUAUAUUGUAAUGUUAUACAUAGUUCGCUGAAAACUGUAAAAGGCUUUAUACAUUUUAAAAUCUGAGCUGCGCGUACAUCAG